AAGCUCCCGCUCUAUUUGCCCAAUCUCAGCUGUUGACAUUUUCGCUUUUACUGUCUCAAGAUUUGGCAAACAAUUUAGUUCGAAUCGCUUUCGGUUGGCAAAUGUUUACCCUGACGGCUCUCGAGCCCAGAUUUACCGAUUCGGGUAUAAAAUGUGUGAGAGUAUUUGGCGUAUGGAUCAGUGAUUCGCUUCGAUUGGCUCAAGAUGCAGGCACUCCAGCGACUAAUUGUCUUCAGCUGUGUGCUGCUCCAUCUGUUUGGGGGCAUUCGUGCCGGACUUUUUCUCAGCCGCAACGGCUACAUCUACUGUAAAUGGUCGAGUCGUGGAUUAUGCGACAAAUUCGGGUCCAGAUGCGUGCAAUACAUGGAUGGCACGAUGAACUAUUGCAAGCAUUACAAGAACGAAUGCCAAUUCCUGAUUGACCAGUGUCUGUCUAGAACAGAGUUUGGCCGUCAGGGUGCACCUGUGGCUUUUUCUCCAGGCUGCAAAAAUAUUGGUCUCAAUCAAAUGGGCGUGUGCGGAACAUAAUUUGAUACUAG